CCCUCUCGGCCUCCUCCGUUCUCCACCCACCGUUUUUCUCCACCCUCCUGGCCUCCCUCUUCCUUGUCCACCUCGCCCUCCUCCUCCUGCUCGGCGGCUCAUGAACCUGUGGACGGACGACAACGCCUCCAUGAUGGAGGCCUUCAUGGCCUCUGCCGACCUCCCCGCCUUUCCCUGGGCCGGCGCCUCGUCGGCCGCCGCCACGCCGCCGCCGCCGCCGCCGCAGGCGCCGCCGGCGAUGAUGGCGCCGGGCUUCAACCAGGACACGCUGCAGCAGCGGCUGCAGGCCAUGAUCGAGGGCUCCAGGGAGACCUGGACCUACGCCAUCUUCUGGCAGUCCUCCGUGGACGCCGCCACCGGCGCCUCGCUGCUCGGCUGGGGGGACGGCUACUACAAGGGCUGCGACGACGACAAGCGCAAGCAGAGGCCGCUCACGCCCGCCGCCCAGGCCGAGCAGGAGCACCGCAAGCGCGUGCUCCGCGAGCUCAACUCGCUCAUCUCCGGCGCCGCCGCCGCCCCCGACGAGGCCGUCGAGGAGGAGGUCACCGACACCGAGUGGUUCUUCCUCGUCUCCAUGACGCAGUCCUUCCUCAACGGCUCGGGCCUCCCGGGGCAGGCGCUCUUCGCCGGCCAGCCCACCUGGAUCGCCUCCGGCCUCUCCGCCGCGCCGUGCGAGCGCGCGCGCCAGGCCUACAACUUCGGCCUCCGCACCAUGGUCUGCGUCCCCGUCGGCACGGGGGUGCUCGAGCUCGGCUCCACCGACGUCGUCUUCCAGACCGCCGAGAGCAUGGCUAAGAUCCGCGCACUCUUUGGGGGCGGAGGCGGAGCAGGGGGCGGCUCGUGGCCGCCCGUGCAGCCGCCGGCGCCGCCGCAGCAGCCCGCGCCCGGAGCGGACCAGGCGGAGACGGACCCCUCCGUGCUCUGGCUCGCCGACCCGGUCAUGGACAUCAAGGAUUCCCUGUCGCACCCGUCGGCCGAGAUCUCCGUCAGCAAGCCGCCGCCGCCGCCGCCCCAGAUCCACUUCGAGAACGGGAGCACGAGCACGCUCACGGAGAACCCCAGCCCCUCCGUGCACGCGCCCCCUCCCCCGCCGGCGCCGGCUGCCGCGCCACCGCAGCGGCAGCACCAGCAGAACCAGGGCCCCUUCCGCCGGGAGCUCAACUUCUCCGACUUCGCGUCCAAUCCCUCCUCCAUGGCGGCGGCCCCGCCCUUCUUCAAGCCCGAGUCCGGCGAGAUCCUCAGCUUCGGCGCCGACAGCAACGGCCGGAGGAACCAGUCGCCGGCGCCCCCCGCCGCCACAGCCAGCCUGACCACCGCGCCCGGGAGCCUCUUCUCGCAGCACACGGCGACCCUGACGGCCGCCGCGGCGAACGACGCGAAGAACAACACCACCACCAACAACAACAAGCGCUCGAUGGAGGCCACAUCCCGCGCCAGCAACACCAACCACCACCCGGCGGCGACGGCGAACGAGGGCAUGCUGUCCUUCUCGUCGGCGCCGACGAUGCGGCAGUCGACGGGCACGGGCGCGCCGGCCAAGUCGGAGUCGGACCACUCGGACCUGGACGCCUCGGUGCGCGAGGUGGAAAGCAGCCGCGUGGUGGCGCCGCCGCCCGAGGCGGAGAAGCGGCCGCGCAAGCGCGGGCGGAAGCCGGCCAACGGCCGGGAGGAGCCGCUGAACCACGUCGAGGCGGAGCGGCAGCGGCGCGAGAAGCUCAACCAGCGCUUCUACGCGUUGCGCGCGGUGGUGCCCAACGUGUCCAAGAUGGACAAGGCGUCGCUGCUCGGCGACGCCAUCUCCUACAUCAACGAGCUCCGCGGCAAGCUGACGGCGCUCGAGUCGGACAAGGACACGCUGCACGCGCAGAUCGAGGCGCUCAAGAAGGAGCGCGACGCGCGGCCGGCCCCGCACGCCGCCGGGCACGACGCCGGGCCGCGGUGCCACGCGGUAGAGAUCGACGCCAAGAUCCUGGGGCUGGAGGCCAUGAUCCGCGUGCAGUGCCACAAGCGCAACCACCCGUCGGCGCGGCUCAUGACGGCGCUGCGCGAGCUGGACCUGGACGUCUACCACGCCAGCGUCUCCGUCGUCAAGGACCUCAUGAUCCAGCAGGUCGCCGUCAAGAUGGCCAGCCGCAUCUACUCACAGGAGCAGCUCAACGCCGCCCUCUACAGCCGCCUCGCGGAGCCGGGCGCCGCCAUGGGCAGGUAAUUAGGGAUCUCACCUCACCUGGGGCAGCCAGAUAUCAUAGGGACGAUACCGUUACCGUUACCGCAACCGGAUUGUUUGUCGCCGUCGUCACCUCCAUGGUCACAACACAAUAGCUGCUGGAGAGAUUCGCGAGGAGGAAGACGACCAUGACGACGGUGUUGUUGUUGUAAACUUUAGAAGGGAGGAUGGAUGAGGGGUGAUACUUAGCUGCUGCUGCUGCUGCGGUUGUUCAUCUUCUUCUUGUGUUUUUGCUAGUAGCGUGUUACUAAUUAGCAGGAUUGAGCAAUCAGCAGGCGUCCAUCCAUCCUUGUUAAUUACCUACCUGUAUUGUUGUUAUGAGCCGCGAUGAUGGAUCGAUCGAUCGACGCUAGCGUUGGUUGAAUCAGAAACUGUAUAUAGGAUGGGUUGAUCGUCUUUGUACCGGGCGCACGAUGAUGCCCUGAUACGUAUUUUACACCAGGAUCUCGCCUGAAAAUGGAGUCGCUUUUUUGAUCUCGCAACAACUGUCUUGGUUGGUUUACCA